AAAUGUCACUUAAACUUUGUCGGUUGUCAAAGUUCGGCGCGCUUAUGUUCGUUUGAUGUGAAUUUAUAAAGUUUAUACCAUUUAUUCAGUAUAAAAUGGCUAAAAAUUUUGAUAGAAGUCUCCAGUUAAAUUCCACGCAGUUCACACCUUUGAAAAAUAAAAGAAAUCGCCAGUUAUUGGCAAGAGAAGAUACGUUAAACAUUUCGCCGAUACUAAACGACACAUCUAUAUUUAAAAAUCUAAACGAUACGAGUUUACGGCAAGUUUUAGAAGAAUCUUCAAUCGUAAUAAAUCCUGGGGUUUCAACUGAAGGCUUAAGCGAAGCAUUUUUUGAAAUUAUUCAAACAAGCCGUCCGAGCGAUGUGUUAGACACAUUAGCGAGGUUAGCCCAAGUGUGUUGUGACUCGCUUGAAUUAGUCGAACCCUGGAAUAGAUACAAUGCACAAAACUACUGGUUGGCCGAAGAGGCAAAUACAUGGAAACUUCUCCAUUGUUUGUAUGCUGACUCCAUUACUGAACAUCCAGAGUCUUUAGACAGCUUAAUUACUGAUACUACACUAUCACAGCAGACAUUAGUUGAUGCUUUAUUCAGAAGCGACUCUGAAUUGAGACUUUUGCAGUUGUUGGUAGACUGGUUGGAGGCUACUGCAGCAUAUCAAGAGGAAGCCACAAAGACCUCAGCUCCAAUUAUUAGUAACAACAUACACUGGGGAAACACUUUACAUCAACUACUUAUUGGCACAAGUUUGUUUAAUAAAGAAAAAAGCAAAGCUAUGGUGACAUGUAUGGAUCCAGAUGCUCCAAGGCGUCAGAAGAAGAUACUUCACUCUGAUGAUCAAAAGGAUGAUAAUGAUUUAUGUAAAAGAAUAUUUACUGAAGUGAGGUGUGGGAAAUUUAAGGAUGCAGUAUCCCUUUGCAUUAAUUCUGGGCAGGCCUGGCGAGGGGCUGUACUACAGGGCUGGAUUUUGCUGCACUAUUUACCACAAGAAGAAAAUAAUUCUGCAAUAGAAAUUUCAGGUAAUCCAUCAAGAGAUUUAUGGAAAUGGUGUGCAUUGGCAUUGGCUAAUAAUACCACUGAAAAUAUUCAUUAUAGAGCUACAGUAGGAGUAUUAUGUGGUCACUUAGCAAGCACUCUUACCGCUUGCCAAGGUAGUUGGGAAGACUUGCUUUGGGCUCAUUUACGUGUUCAAAUUGAAGCCAGAGUUGACAAGUUUUUACAUGAACAUCAUGCCACAGUUGAUGCCAAUACUACCCCUUCUGAUGUUCUUGAACUACUGCAGUCUGAAUUACAGGUUGAAGAAAUGGCAUUACAACAAAUUUUUAGUGCUGUGAAAGCCCUAAUGGAUGGUAAAAAGGAGUCAUUAUAUCAAACAUGUCAGCACUAUCUUAUGCUUGGGCAUGUUAGAGCCAUCAUGCAAGACUCUUUAGAGUGGAUUGAAAACAGUGAUGACAGAUUUGUAAGAUUUUUAGCACACUUAAUUCUAAUACUCAGACAAAUGGGUAAAGAUCCACAACAUGAUAUUGGAGAUCAAAUAUUGGAAAAAUAUGUCACUCAGCUUGUUGGUCAACUAAUUGAUGGUUCAGUAGAAUGUCCUGAACUUAUUGCAUACUAUACUUCUACUGUACCAGUUAACAGACAAAUUUUAUUGUAUGCGGAACUGAUGGAUCAUAUCCAUAAGAGUGAGUACAGGCAGGGAGUUGUGAAAGCAGGUCUCAAUGCAGGUAUAGAUGUAGCAGCAUCAGCCAGAGUUGCCAUUAAAAAGGCUAUCACAGAUAUUCAGCAAGGCUAUGGCAAUUUAGAUUUAACAUUUACUCAAACCACUGCUGUUGAAAAGGAUAAAACUUUGAUUCAGAAAGUGAUAUCAUCCCUUGAGUGGUUGUCACUGAUAUCUAAUCAACUUGAAGAAGCACUAUGGCUCAGCAAUGCAAUGAUCAGAACAUUUAUUUUUAUUGGAAAUACAGAUGCAGCACUGGCAUGUAUCAUGAAUGUUAAUAAAAUGUUCCCAGAAUUUUUAAACAAGAUGACUGCGAACUCUGCAGAAUUGAGAGAGCAUUUGUGCUUAAAAGCAUAUUUGGAAGCUUUAGAAGGCUUUGCUACUUGGUACCGACACUUUAUAAGUGGGCAGCCUAAGGAUAUAGAACCACUACCUUCUGAUGCAACCUUUUCUGACAAAGUACACCAUGAACAGAGGUGUGCCCAAGUUGAACAGCAAAAAGCUCGUUGGCUCAAUGCCGUAUCACAUCAAGCUAGGCACACGAAAAAUUUGUUAUACAAUGUGUUACUAUUCCCUGGAGGAUGGCUACAAGAUGAAAGUGAUAGCACCACCUCACACAAGUUUGAUGACGAUGAAAAGCAAGAGAGAACCAAGCAGUUGGAGACUUUGAGACGUCUCUGCAUUCCUGAAGUUGUGAUUUUAAUUCUUAAAAUAUUGCAAAGUAACGAAGACAUUGAAAAUCAUAAAGAAGCUGUUGAAUUGAGUACUAUUAUUGCUGGAGAGAAUAGAUGUCUUUACAAAGUAUUCACCAAAAGUAAGCUUAUGGAAGUUUUGGAUAGGAUUAAGGAAUCAUCAAUCUUAUUGAUAGAGAAAGGAAGGGAUAUGUUUGGAUAUGAAAUAACUGAAUAAUUGCAUGUAUUUUUUGUCACUUAAAAUAAAUGUUUGUAAUAAUUAAC